CAAAGGCGAUGCCUCUAUAAAUAGCGCGAGUUCGAGACCCGUCGACGUCAUCGGAGAAGAAGAAGGUGGCUUUUCCAGUGCUCAUUUACUCCUCUUUUCAUUACACGCUCUCCUUCUCCUUCUGACAACACAACGCCGGAAAUAAAGGGGGAAAAGGACAGAGAUAGAUGUUUAGGAUGCAUAACGACAUCCCGAACAUGAACUACGAGUACCCAAUCCUGGUCCUCCCCUGCUACCUCCAGCUCUCGGAGGCCGCCCGACUCGCCUACGGCGUCACCAAGGCCGAACUCGACGACUUCCUCAUGUACGAGUUCAAGGUGAAGCGGUGCGCCAAGGCGUACCCGCACCAGUGGAUGACGUGCCCGUACGCGCACCGCGGCGAGAAGGCUCGGCGCCGGGACCCCCGCAGGUUCCCCAACCAUGGCAUCCCUUGCCCUGAGUUCCGGCAGACAGGGGCUUGCCGGAGGGGCCAGAAAUGCGAGUUCGCCCACGGGGUCUUCGAGUUCUGGCUGCACCCGACGCGAUACCGGACCCGGAUGUGCAUCUCGGGGCCGGCGUGCAGGCGCAAGAUCUGCUUCUUCGCGCACACGGUUGACGAGCUCCGGCCUGAGGGCCUUGGCGGCGGCGUCCCCGCAGGGGUGGGAAAGCUUGCGGAAGGGACUUCAGCAGGGGGAACGGAGGAAAGUGGGGAGGAGUUUGCGGAACCCGAUCUGAGUUUGUCUCCUAUCACCAGCUUGGCUUGCUUUCCGUUCUUUGGUUCUCCAUUCUUGACUCUCAGAGAUCUUAAUUUCUAUGAUAGUCUGUCAACUGAUCCUUGGUGCAAUGUGCGGGACCAGUUAUCGCCUGUUCUCACUGCCCCUUCGCGGUUCCGCCUCUCCAAAGGGAUUGCAGCACCGAGUAUUCCAAGGGCCCCAUUAUGGAGCGCGUGA